UAGGGAGACUUCAACUCCCAGAAGUCUCCGCUGCCUUGGCUGAAGAGUAGGAAUUCUGGGAGCUGAAGUCCAAAGCCGCUGGAAGGCCGGAAGUUUGGGAAACCCUACACUCCGGCCUAACACUACGUUCUGCUUUGAACUUCCUGCAGUCUUGGGAUUUUGGAGUUCAAGUUAUUUAGAUUUAGAGCGCGUUUGAGCCUUGCUAAACUACAAACCCCAGAUUUCCACAGGACGUUGCUAUGGCAGCUGUACCGGAAUGUAGAGCGAUAACUGUGUAGUAGGAUGAUAAGGCAGUGAAACAGACCUGUGGCACGUUAAAGAGAUUCUUUGGAUAUUUUUGUCAACUCCAUUCAAUUCGUUCGUCAUGAUCCUUUGAAAUAAACCCUUCUGACCGUCUAUUAGGAAAAAAAAUGAGUGGAGGAUUAGCUCCAAGCAAAAGUACAGUUUAUGUGUCUAAUUUGCCCUUCUCAUUGACAAACAAUGACUUAUAUAGGAUUUUUUCCAAAUAUGGCAAAGUGGUUAAAGUUACAAUUAUGAAAGACAAAGAUACCCGAAAGAGUAAAGGGGUUGCAUUUAUUUUGUUCUUGGAUAAAGAAUCGGCACAGAACUGUUCUCGUGCACUUAACAAUAAGCAACUGUUUGGAAGAGUAAUAAAAGCAAGUAUUGCUAUUGACAAUGGAAGAGCUGCAGAAUUCAUUCGAAGGCGAAACUACUAUGACAAAUCAAAGUGCUAUGAAUGUGGAGAAGCAGGACAUUUAAGCUAUGCUUGUCCUAAGAAUAUGCUAGGAGAACGUGAGCCACCCAAAAAGAAAGAAAAGAAGAAGAAGAAGAAAAUAACUGAACCAGAAGAAGAAAUUGAGGAAGAAGAAGAGAGUGAGGAUGAAGGAGAAGACCCUGCUCUUGAUAGCCUCAGCCAAGCUAUAGCUUUCCAGCAAGCUAAAAUUGAAGAAGAACAACAAAGGGCAAUACAGCUUGCAGGUGAAACCUCAACAUCAGAUUCAAGACGACCACGGAUCAAAAAAAGUGCAUAUUUUAGUGAUGAGGAAGAACUUAGUGAUUGAUUUGUAUUGCUUACAAACCUAUGUCAUGUGUAUAUUUGUAGAGAUUGUGUGACUGCUAAAACUUCCCUGGCAUUGUAAAUAAAAAGUAUAUUACUGAGAGAAACUCAGAUAUGUAUAAUAUUGUAAACAAGUCUUGGUGGUGAAAAACUAUUGCUGUAAGAUCAUGUACAACUUUGCUUUGUUCAAAUAUAUUAUGACGGUAUUUCAGUAAAUAUCUUUCACUAA